GGUGGGCGUUCCUCACGUAUGGCGGAAGAGCAGGUGCGUCGACGUUAUCACAACAACCGUUAUCGUCGCGGAGAGAGAGAGACAGGCCACCGAGGCUGCAGACAGGCCUGCACACCGGUUUACCGCUAGAGGAAGACCACCGUUCAUCUUUCUGCUGAGUCUUGGAGGGCCCCGCGUCGACAUGACUCUGAACCAGAACAACUCCGAGUCCGGCGGAGUCAUCAUCAACAACAGUGAGAGUGUGCUGAUGAACUAUGAUAACGUGGAGCUAGUUUUCUGCGAUGCGGACAGCCUGCCUGAAGCCUUCAGAAAGAGCAAGAAGGGCAGCGUCUACCUGACUCCAUACAGGGUGAUCUUUCUGGCUAAAGGGCGGGAUGCACUGCAGUCCUUCAUGAUGCCCUUCUACCUGAUAAAAGGCUGCGAGGUCAAACAACCUGUGCUGGGAGCCAAUUACAUCAAAGGCACUGUCACCGCAGAGCCUGGAGGUGGCUGGGAAGGCAGCGCUACGUUCAAGUUUGUCUUUGCUGCUGGAGGAGCUAUAGAGUUUGGCCAGUACAUGCUGCAGGUCGCAGCUCAGGCAUCAAGAGGUCAGCCAGUAACUGCAGGGUUUGGUGGAUGCCCCUACAUGGCCAACGGCGCCUACGCUUACCCUCCUCCCCCUACUAACGGGAUGUACCCUGCCGGACCUCCACCCGGAUACUCCUACCCCAACCCUCCUCCACAAGGUGGAUUCUACCCCAGCCCUCCAGCGUUUGAUGCCUCUGCGGCCUACAUACCUCCGCCUCCUUAUUCUGCUCCUCUGGGCCAGCAGCCCCCACAUGACCCAGACCUCCCCUCCUCAGCAGCAGCGGAGGCCAAAGCAGCUGAGGCGGCAGCGAGUGCCAGCUGUGCCACACUGCCUCCGACACAUGUGUACCUGCCACAGGACAAGCCUCCUCCAUACUCCCCUCCAGAAGACAAGAAGAACCAGUAGACCUGUUUAAUCUCACCCUCAUUCCACUCUCUCUCUCUCAUUAUAUUAACUGGAUGUCAGGAAGUUUUUUCCCCUCUUCUCAUCUUCCCAGUCUCCUCCCAUCUCCGUCCUUUUGGUUUCACUUGUCAUUCCGUCGCUUUCCUGUCGCAGCCCGUACCUUUUACAUUCCUUUUAAUGAUUCAUAUACUGUAAUCAGCUUCUUUCUCUUCAGAAGCACCUUUACUUGAUGGAAACUAGAAGUAUUGGUAGCACUCUGCCAAAGUUGUCAGGGUUUGGGGGCUUUUUUUCAAUGUAGAGGACAAAAACUUUGUAACCUGACCUGACUCGCUCUUUUAGCAUUUAUUGCCUUGCCGAUGUCCCAACAAUCAUCCCGCCACUCCAAACUUUAAACUCAGCUACGCUGUCACUUUGAAUUUUCUGACUGUCUGUCAAAGCGGACUCAAUCAGACGAUGUUAUUUACUUUGCGGAUCUAUUUAGAGGCAAACUGAAUGCAGUGUUUUAUUUUUCUAUGAUUUUGUGUACAGGCUUUUAAUACGUAGACUUUAAAACCAGAAAAAUGCGAUAUUUUCUCAAGAACACUAACCUAGAGGAACUAGCUUUUGUAAGGAGGCCCCCCUGCUCUGCUCGGACAUGUUUCAGUGGAUGAGAAGGACCACAAAGAUUAGAGCAGCGUUGAGCCCCAGCACUGAAUCCCUGAUCCUGGAUUAGAGCAGAGAGCGAGGGCGACCAGGGCCCGGAGGGGGGGUCAUACUGCCAGGAGGGAUUAUCUUUAUAAUGUACAAGAGCAGAGCAGUCACCCAAUGAUGUCACUUCCUGUUUUGUCAUGCCUCUGAACAUUCGAGAACACACGCGGUCAGCCUGCUUCAUCGUCUCAUUCCUCGUAACGUACAUUUUAGACGUGGUAGAAAACAAACAGGAUGGUUAGAGGACUCUCACAUCGUUUCUACUCUCCGUGUUCGUGAUUCUGACAAAUCUGAUCUGAGCACCUCGGUAUCUGAGCCUCGACUCUUCCUUCCUCUAUGGUCACUAAUCUAUAUACUGUAUCUGUGACACAUCUGUGGCUGAUUCUUUGCACUUUCAGAAUGCUAUGCAUCAGGCUCCUCUUUGCUCUGUCAUGGCUGUGUGUAUAAUAAUAAGAAUAAAGCUCUGUAUUUAUUUGAAACUAAUUUAUUGAAUAAUUAAUGUAAAAUGGCUCAAGUAAGAAUAACAAAGCAUGAUCUCAACUGAUGCAUGUAUGCAUUGGAUUUUAUUAAAUGGAUCUUGAUUCAUGUGAAA